AUGGGGGAAUCGCUGGCACCGUCGCCGAGGGGCAUGCUUUUAGCGUCGUCCACGCCUCGCUUGGUGCCGGGCGACCGCGUUGACGAGCUGCUCCGCGGUCCGGUCCUCCGUGGAGACCAGGAAGCUCCUGUACGAUCCGUCGACCGAGUCACCGAGACGCUGCAGACGGCCAACGUAGAGGAGGCCGUCGUCGACAACCUCGAGGCGACGGCCGGCGUCUACGACGUCAAGGCGGGCAAGGUGACCCGCGCCGACGAGCUCAAGGCGGUGAAGGAGGAGGAGGAGCGCGCGGCGGCGGGGAAGAAGGCGGUGGAGAAGGAGGCCGGCGUCGACGACGUCAAGGCGGGAGGAGGAGGAGCGCGCGGCGCGGCGGGGAAGAAGGCGGUGGAGAAGGAGGCCGGCGUCGACGACCUCAAGGCGGGCAAGGUGACCCGCGCCGACGAGCUCAAGGCGGUGAAGGAGGAGGAGGAGCGCGCGGCGGCGGGGAAGAAGGCGGUGGAGAAGGAGGCCGGUGCGGCGUCGGUUGCGAAGAAGACGGCCUCUGCGGCUGCGGCUGCAUCGGCCAAGAAAGCUGUGAAGAAGGAGGGGAAGGAGGCGGGCGCGGCGUCGUCAAGGAAGAAGGGGGUGGUUGCAAAAGGAGACGACCUCGGCGUCGGCGAAGAGAGCUGCCAUGUCGGCUGA